AUGAAGCUGUUGUUGAUCGUCUUAAUAGCUCUGGUCGGGAUUGGCCAGUCGGCUGCCGAGCUGAAGCGUCUGCAGCUCCAUGCCAACAGUAACUUCACCAGGACCCAUGGCAGCGUAAAGGCACAGAAGACCUUGCUGGCAGGCAAGUACUCCUUUUUAGUGGAGGCCACCACCAGUUCCUCCUCCUCCGCUACGAAGACCACCGAAACCCUGCACAACUAUGCUGACAGCGAGUACUACGGCCUGAUUAGUCUGGGAACUCCCAAGCAGAACUUCAACAUUCUGUUUGAUACUGGAUCCUCCAAUCUCUGGGUGCCGAGCUCCAAGUGUCCAAAGUCAAAUACGGCUUGCCAGAUGCACAACAAGUACAACUCGGCCAAGUCCAGCACCUACAAGGAGAAUGGUGAAUCGUUUGCCAUUCAGUAUGGAACGGGCAGUCUGUCCGGCUUCCUCUCCACGGAUACCCUGAGCUGGGCUGGCAUCGAGGUCAAGGAUCAGACAUUUGGCGAAGCCAUGACUGAACCGGGAAGCACCUUCGUACUUGCUCACUUUGCUGGCAUCCUGGGUCUGGCCUACAAGUCGAUAGCCGAGGAUGGAGUACCAACCGUGUUCGACAACAUGAUUUCCCAGAACCUGCUAGACGAACCAAUCAUCUCAUUCUAUCUCAAGCGCGAUGGAACUGCCGUGCAAGGCGGUGAGGUUAUCCUAGGUGGAGUUGACUCUAGUCUCUACACCGGCAGCCUCACCUGGGUGCCCGUCUCCAAGAAGGCCUACUGGCAGUUCACCGUCACUCACAUCAAGAGCGAAGGUGUGGUGCUUUGUUCUGGAUGCCAGGCAAUUGCCGAUACAGGAACCUCCUUAAUCGUGGUCCCUCUGGGGGCCUAUAGGAAGAUCGUUUGGUUGCUAGGUGCCUCAACCAAUAGUGCUGGCGAGGCCUUUGUCCCUUGUGGACGCCUUGCAUCUUUGGCCAAAAUCAAUCUGGACAUUGGUGGAACCAUCUUCACCCUGGCCCCCAGGGAUUACGUGGUUAAGCUGACGGAGAAUGGCAGAACCUACUGCAUGCUGGCCUUUACCUAUAUGUCGGGGAACAGUCUGUGGAUCCUGGGGGAUGUGUUUAUAGGAAAAUUCUACACGGCAUUCGACAAGGGUGAUAACCGAAUUGGUUUCGCCAGAGUUGCUGAUUAUUGA